UGAAGUCAAAUGUUUAGUCCUUCUGCACUGCAGCAGAUAUUUCCUUCCAAAAGUAGUAGUAAUAUUUUCCCCAAAAAGCAAAACAAAAUAGGGAGAAAAUCCAAAGCCCUUCCACAUUUUCUCUUUAUAAAAUCCCCUCGCCACCACCACCACCACCGCCAUGACUGCGCAACUCCCAUGCGACGGAGAUGGAAUUUGUAUGUUCUGCAAAUCAACACCACCAGAAGUAGAAACCCUAGAAUGUAAAACUUGUAUUACUCCAUGGCAUGUCAAUUGUCUAUCAAAACCACCAGAAUCAUUAUCAUCAACUCUUCAAUGGGAUUGCCCUGACUGUUCCAAUGUACUCAUUCAUAAUCCCAAUUUCAGUGCUGGUGCAUCAUCAUCAUCAACCAAUUCUUCUUUGAAUCAACUUGUGAGUGUGAUUUGUGCUAUUGAGAGUGAUACUACACUAACUGAUCAGCAAAAAGCAAAGAAACGGCAGGAACUAAUUAGUGGGAUUAAAGUCUCGGAUCCUUGUGAAAAUGAAGAUGAAAAAAACAAGAAGAAGAUGAAGAAGAAGGAGAGUGAUGUCAAGGAUAUUUUGCAUGAUAAGCUUAUGUGUCUCAUUUGCAUGCAAUUGCCUCAUAAACCUGUUACUACUCCUUGUGGUCACAAUUUCUGUUUAAAAUGUUUCGAGAAAUGGGUAAACCAGCAACCACGAAAACAAAAUUGCCCAGAGUGUCGCAGUAAGAUUCCUGACAGUAUGGUGAAUCAACCAAGGAUUAACGCAGCCCUUGUGACUGCAAUUCGUAUGGCAAAGGGAGGAGAGAAUAGUGGUUCAGGUUCUCACCGCCACUUGGGACGAAUACCUGUUGAAAAGGAUCCUAUGAAUCAGGGUAUUGUAAUGGUAGGGGAGUAUGGUGCAAAAUCUGUGGCUCUAUCAGGGGACUAUGAAGACAAUGACAACCAUGGAGACUGGUUCCUUUACACCGGAAGUGGGGGAAGGGAUCUCGAUGGCAAUAACCAGUCGUAUGAGAAAUCUAAUGAAGCUCUGCGUGUCAGUUUCCUGAGAGGAUACCCAGUCCGUGUGGUGCGGUCUCACAAGGAGAAGCGCUCGUCAUAUGCUCCACUAAAUGGGCUGAGAUGCGGAGUUUACAGAAUAGAAAAAUGUUGGCGAAAAAUUGGGAUUCAAGGCCAUAAAGUCUGUAGGUAUCUCUUUGUUCGGUGUGACAAUGAACCUGCUCCUUGGUCAAGUGACGGACGUGGGGACCUUCCUAGACCUCUGCCUGUUAUUAAGGAGCUUAAAAGAGCAACCAAUAUUACAGAUAGAAAGGACAGUCCAUCUUGGGAUUAUGAUGAGGAAGAUUGCUGUUGGAAAUGGAAAAAACCUCCACCUAAUACUGCUGCUGCUGCAUCAUGUACAACUAUAACAGAAAGUGAGCGUGGGAAUAAUUUACAGACAACAGUGGAAAUUGCUGUUUGUAAGGUAAAUAUGUCAUCAUGGGAUGUCAUUUCAAUUGAAGAUUACAACCCAGAUAAAGAUUUUAUGGUUUUAGAGAAUCAAGAUGAUGAUAAUAGUAACAAACCUGUGCAGACAGAAACUUUUGAAGAUUUAGAGAGAGCACAAAAAAAGGCGCAGAAUAAGUCCGACAGGAAUCAGCUUCUGAACGCAUUGAAAUGUCAACUUUGUCGGGAAGUGAUGAAUAGUCCUCUGACAACUCCAUGUGCUCACAACUUUUGCAAGCCUUGUUUAGAGAGUGUUUUUGCUGGUAAAAGUUCUGUCAGAAAGAGGUACUUUUGUCAGGGAAGAUCACUUCGAGCACAAAAGUCAAUAAUGAAGUGCCCAUCUUGCCCAAUGGACCUAUCUGAGUUCCUUCAAAACCCUCAGGUUAACAGAGAGCUGAUGGCUGUCAUAGAAGAUCUCCAACGCCAGGCUGAGGAGGAGAAUGAUGAGGACGCAAGUGAAGAGACCGGGGUUUUUAAUAAGCCCGUAAACAUGAUUGGAGUCGCUAAAGAUGGGAGUGACAAUUCUGACAUGUUGGAUGACAUUUUAGAAAUCGAGGGGGAGCCUAAGCAGAUGAACAAACGCUUGAAGACGAAAGGUUCAGUCUUAUCAGCAAAUGCAGAAAAAUCUGAGUUUAAGAGUAAUGAAUCUUUGGAGGAGAUGAAACUUGAUGUUGCAGAAGAUCUCCAAUUCCAGGCUGGGAAGGAGAAUGAUGAGGACCCAAGUGAAGAGAUUGAGGGUUUUGAUAAGCCCGAAAACAUGAUUGGAGUCGCUAAAGAUGGGAGUGACAAUUCUGACAUGUUGGAUGACGUUUUAAAAAUUGAGGGGGAGUUUAAGCAGAUGAACAAACACAUGAAGACGAAAGGUUCAGACUUUUCAGGAAAUGCAGAAAAAUCUGAGUGUAAGAGUAUUGAAUCUGUGGAUAAAAUGAAACUUGAUGUUGAAGAAGAUAUCCAAUUCCAGGCUGGGAAGGAGAAUGAUGAGGACCCAAGUGAAGAGAUUGAGGGUUUUGAUAUGCCCAAAAACAUGAUUGAAGUCGCUAAAGAUGGGACUGACAAUUCUGACAUGUUGGAUGACGUUUUAGAAAUUGAGGGGGAGUUUAAGCAGAUGAACAAACGCUUGAAGACGAAAGGUUCAGACUUUUCAGGAAAUGCAGAAAAAUCUGAGUGUAAGAAGAUUGAAUCUGUGGAUAAAAUGAAACUUGAUGUUGCAGAUGAAGGCAAUGUUGUGACAAAAGACGCAGUAAAGGAAGUGGUUAAAACUUCAAGAACUUUUACCGCUAAGCCCAAACCUAAACGUGGUAGUGGAGGUGAUUGCUUGCCAAAGCCUGAACCAAGCAAAAGAGGUCGGCAGAAGAAAACCAAGGAGACAGCAGUGGCUGUUGUUGCAGAUGAAGUUCUGAAGAUGGUCCGGAGAAAAGAGAUGACUGGUGGGGGUGAUAAUUCUACAACUACUGGCACAUCUAGCAACCACCUGGCUGUGAGCAGAAGUUUAGUAAAAAGAUCUACAGAUGUGAACAAGAUGAAGACUCUUCAUGCUACUCCUGCUCUUAUUGUUCCAGACUCGUUUUCUACUUCUACCACCAGUGUCACUGCUGCUGCAGAAGGUGUAGCAAUUGAAAAGAAGAGUGAAAAUAAAUGCCAUGGAGUAGGAAAAGAACAAGAAGCAACAGACCAGCACAUAGAAGAGAGAGAUCAUUAUAAUGAUGAGCAUGAACCGGGUUUCAUAUUUUUAUGCAAUGCCAAGACAAAACCGGAAAUCUUUAAGUACAGUGUUUUUGGACUCCCUCUUGGGAAAAUUUAUGUCGUAGAGAACAUAAAUCCGGGUGCAAUGCUUUUCCUCUUUGAUGUUAACCUAAAGCUUCUUUAUGGUGUAUAUAAAGCUACAUCUAGAGGAGAGCGUGACUUGGAGCCAGCUGCUUUUGGAGGAAGAUUUCCGGCACAGGUGAGAUUCAACAUUUUCAGGGAAUGCUUACCUUUGCCUGAGAGUGUUUUCAAACACGCUAUCAAAGAAAACUACCAUGGUGGUACAAAGUUCCAACAAAAGCUCAGUAACUGUCAGGCAAAGAAACUUUUUGCUCUAUUUCAUCCCAUUGGUUGUCCAACAGUGUCUGUGCUUGGGGCUCCACCUCGACAAUCACCGCCAAUUGAAGUCUAUCAGAAUCGACAACCAUCAAGGUUGCCACCACCAAAUGAUCCAUAUGCUUCACCAGCAUUUCACCGAGGUCAUGGUACUCCACCACCUCCCAUGUCUGGAUAUAUUCAUUCAGCUGCUCAAAAACAUUGGACUAACCCAUAUUUUGGCAUGGAAGGGCGCCGCACAUACUCGCGUGAAAAUGCAUUGAUACCUGCUCAUAAUCCUUACACCAGGCACAGAGCUGCACCAGAUGUGGAAAGUCAGGGAGCAAAAGUUGGCGAAAAUGAGUACAAUCCUCAAUUACUACCAGUGGAGAGGAAAAGAGAGCAGGAAAAACAACUCACUCAACAAUUUGGUGGUGCAAGUUAUUACUCUACGCAUCCAUCACAUGCAGCAGCAACAACAUAUGCCAUUGAGCCAUCUCAUGGUCUUCCUGAAACACAAAACUCUGGGUCAUCAUACAUACCACUACAAUAUCCUCCAAGAUUAGUCAAUGAUGCAUCAUUUCGUGCUCUUCCUCCGCCGCAUCAUACUCCACACAGUUCACUGUAUGAUGCAUCAGUUCAUGCUCUUCCUCCAUUACAUCGCACUCCUCCCCCAUUAUCAUAUGAUCCUUUAUGUCAAGCUUAUGUUCCUGCAACAUCGCAUAGUUCUGCUUAUUGGGCAGCAGUAGCUCGUGAGGACCCAAACCGGGUUUAUAUAUGAUCCUCACCAGAAUCCUGAACCUGGGAUGUGACCGGUAUGGAAGGGUCUUCUAAUGAUUCACACCCAAGUGCUGUUCCAGCAUGCAGUUAACUGGCAUCGAGAUAUCACAAGGUGACAGAUGUUGCUGGCAUAGUAUGCUCCCGUAGCUAACUUAACUUACUUGAACUGUAUAUAGUUGAGGGCUGCUCCAGUAACUUGAGACUAGAAUUUAGGGAAUGUAUACUGGAUGUAGUCAAUUUUGAUCGGGGAAGUAUGACAGAAUACCAAAA